GCUCAAAAUUCUCCACCACCAGGCUACUCAUUACUUGCAAGGCUGUAGCACUUCCUGAAUUUCCUACCAGCAAUGACGAAUUCAUGAUCUCUGCGGACAAUAGACAAUAGACAAUAGACAAUAACCAUUUCAAUAUGUCUGUCUCAACUCUUGCUUCAUUCGAGUACCUGGAGAGAUUACCAGGUACAACUUUCAGGCGGUUGUAUCAGCAACCUUCUACCUCUUUGGCCAUUUUCAGGCGCAUGCUGCCUCAUCUUGCCAAAACCUUCGUGAUGGCACUUCUCUAUAUGCCCAAGCCCUUGCCCCUCAUAGCUCUGGAUCAAUGGGUACAAUCUAAGAGCAAGAAGCAAAAAGAUCAAGCCCUUUCCCUACUAUCGCGACUGCACAUUGUCGAUAUUACUGCGCUGAGCCGAGAAGAUCCUCAAACUGUAGCUUUGACUAAGAAUUUUGGAGCCUCUCUGCGGCUGGCACUUACAGGUGGAGGAAACCAUCAAUCUUUCGGAGUUCCUUCGUCGGAUCAUAUUGCGCCACAUGUUGAUAUUGAUUUUUUGGAUACACAUGCUCGAAUGCAAUGGGAAGGGAUUCUACAUUAUAUGGUCAACACUGUUACAUCCGGGUCAGGAAAAGAUGGAAAUGGGCCUGCAAAUUCAGUAAAGGCACUACUUGAUGCAGGAAAACUGGUUACAAGAGGUCGAGGUAUCGGUAUUACUCAAGCUGGAUUCUCAUUUCUAUUGCAAGAAGCCAAUGCGCAAGUCUGGACGUUGCUCCUUCUGUGGAUUGAAAAUGCCGAAAGCAUGGGGAUGGAUUCCGUCGAUGUCCUUUCUUUUCUUUUCAUGCUAGGCUCCCUCGAACUCGGACGUGCAUACAGUACCAAGACUCUCACAGAGGCUCAAAAAGGGAUGCUCGCCAAUCUCAUCGACUUGGGUCUAAUUUACCUUCCCCCUUCAGCCCCUACUCAAUUCUUUCCAACACGUCUAGCCACAACUCUCACCUCAGAUGCCAGCGCACUCCGCACUGUGGCUGCAGGAUUUGAUGCCGCCUCGAAAUCCGCCGCCAGCCAAAAGGGUUUCAUAAUAAUCGAGACCAACUACCGACUAUAUGCUUACACAAACUCACCCCUUCAAAUCGCUGUUCUUUCACUCUUCACCAAACUCAACACUCGCUAUCCCAACAUGGUUAGUGGCCGCGUUUCUCGCGAUUCCAUCCGUACCGCCAUAGCUCAUGGCAUUACAUCCGACCAAAUAAUUACCUACCUAUCCACUCAUGCGCAUCCUCAACUCGUCAAAGCUUCUUCCGCAUCCCAUGGAGGACCUGUACUACCACCUACAGUCGUUGAUCAAAUCCGUCUUUGGCAAUUAGAAAACGAGAGAAUGAAAGCCGUACCGGGAUUUUUGAUGAAGGAUUUCGAGACCCAGAAGGAAUACGAAGGAUGUGCAAAAUAUGCUGAAGAGGUAGGAGUGUUGGUCUGGAAGAGCGAUGCGAAGAGGAUGUUCUUUGUCACGAGGGUGGAGCAGUUAAGAGACUACUUCAAAGCGAAGAAAAUAAGAUAGGGAUAGGAAAGAAAGAGGAGAGUUUUCUAGGUGCCGCGGUAUUCAUUCGGAUCAACAGCCCUAUUGCGUGCUAAUGGAUAACUGCUUGUUCCAAACCACGCAGCUUGAUGGGACCCAUACAAGGACGACAGGGUGGAACAGAUAUGACGCGCUUCAGCAAGACGGCGCACUCCAAUAUUUAAAAUUUCAAUAGAGAACAAAAAAUUGGCCAAAGGGAAGGAAUCACGAUGAACCAGGAUGGGAUAUGAAAUGGUGCAUAGCGAGGCGUUUAAGGUGUUUAGGUAAACUCAUGCGAUUCCGGUGGAUUGAUAUAUACAUAUACCGUAGAUGCCAAGAAAAGGUAGAUAGCAUUUCUACUCGAGGUAUUCACAAUCUUAAGUUAAUGUCGAAGGCCUUUCGAGGAUCCUUCAUAGACCGAAAUGUUCGAUGUUCUAGAUUGAGAUAUUCGUCCUUGUUACAACAUAAUGUCCUAGCAGUUCAAACCCUUUUUUGUUAAUAACAUUUCAUUUCCUGCCA